UUUAAAUACAUCUAACAUACUUUUCUUGAAAUGCUCAUUCAUUAGGAGCAUUGGAGACUAUUGCUGUAAAAAAUCAAUUAUGGCUGUUUUAAAGUUGAUACGGAUAUAAACGAAUGGUAGAGGAAGCAGAGGCCAACUCCAGCAUGUCGGCGCUAGCCAUCCUAUCAUGCCGACAGAACUCGCAUCCCUUCCAGGAGCGCCACAUAGCCCUCCUGGAACCCAUGAAGAUAGGGAGGUCAGUUGCUCGCGCCCGACCAGCUCCAAACAAUGGCAUCUUUGACUGUAAAGUGCUCUCCAGAAACCAUGCCAUGCUGUGGUAUGAGAAUGGAAUUUUCUACCUCCAAGACACAAAAAGCAGCAAUGGUACAUUUGUCAAUGAUCAGAGACUGUGUAAAGGUGGGGAAGAGAGUCCGCCACGGGAAAUCUACUCCGGAGACCUUAUACAGUUUGGUGUCAAUGUCAUGGAAAACAACAGACGAGGAGAGAAAAUCACCCAUGGCUGUAUCAUAGCAACAAUCACAUUGUUCCAUCCAGAUGGAAGAGAGGCCAAACCUGUCUUGUUCAACACACCAACCCCAGGAAUUACGAUACAGUCCCAGGAGUUGUAUAGGCUAGCUCAAUACUUACAGGAAGCACUUCACAGGGAAAAAAUGCUUGAACAGAAAUUGUCAACCCUUCAAAAACUUGUACAAAAUACUCAGGAAUCUUCUGAAGGGGGAUGGCAGGCUCUGAUAGACGAGGACAGGCUAUUGUCUAGGUUAGAAGUGCUAGAAAAUCAACUACAUGCAUACUCAAAGAACCAUACUGAAGAUACUUUGAGACAAGAACUAGUCCAAUUACAAGAAGAGAAACUCAACUAUGAAACCACAGCCAAGGAAUCUUUAAUGAAAGUCUUACAAGAGAAAAUCGAGGCAGUGACAAAGUUAUCUGACCUUGAACGCUCGUUGACCAAGUCAGAGGACGAGUGUGGACACAUGAAGGACAUGUGUGAACAAUCACAAGAAGAACUUCAGCUGCUUGCAGAGAAAUACCAGGACCAGCUUAAAGCAGUACAAGAUAUACAAAUACAGUUACAGGAUGCAGAAACCAAACAUAUGGAGGAGAUUGAAAAAGCAGAAAAAGAUAAACUGGAUCUGCAGGAUAAACUCGAUGAAAUGAUGAAACAAGAGGCAGCAUUAACAGCUAAAAUUGAAGGGUUACAAGCAGACCAGGACAUUUCUAACGAGCAACUGACCACGAUGAAAGCUAGACUGGACCAGUUUAAGGAUACCAACGAAGAUGAUCAUAUCAACAACAUGAAAGCUUUAGACUCGGAUUCUGAAAAAAUGGACUCUGAAAGUGAAGUUAUAUCAUCUGUGAUCAUAAAGCCUACAGUAAAAGCUGACAAAGAGAGCACUGAAGACGUCCCGGAAGAUGUAGAAGGAAAACUGAAAGAAACACAGAAACAGAUCGAAGAAUACAAGCUGAAACGAGAGGAACAAGAGAAACAACUCCAGGAGAGUGCAGAAAAAGUUGAACAGUUACAGCGGGACUUGGAAGCUUCUAAGCUGGAAUCAUUGCAGUAUGUAGCUAAAAUAGCAGCACUAGAAGAUAAAUUAAAGCUGUCCGAUUUGCAUAUGAACCAAAUGGUGGAAACUACUAUGGCUGACUUAACAUUGCAAAUGACAGAGACCUCAAAGCAGUCUUUAAACAGCAAUGAUCUGAUCAACCAUCUACAAGAACAAGUGUCAGAUUUAGAGAGGGAGUUGGCCUUAUAUAAAAUACCUCAACCAGAGAAAUCUCUGGACACAACCCUUGUGUGCUCGGGGCUGGACACUGUGGACUCGCUCACUAUCAAGCCUAGAUAUUCCUCCGUGGAUGACUCUGAGCUAGAAAAACUUUUACAAGAUGCAAAACGUUUGCUAGCCAAGACAGAGGAUGACUUGGGCAAGUGCAAAGAGGAACUGAAUGAGUCACAAACAGAAGCCAAACAGGCCAAAGAAGAAAACAGUGCCUUGAAAACAGAACUCACGCAAGCUCAAACCCAGGUGCAAGACAAGUCAGAAAUGGUCAUAGACCUUCAAGAACAAUUACAGAAGGCAGAGAACACCACGAAGGAGGUGAAAGAGCAAAUACUUGAACUAAGAGACCAACUUGUGGAAGAACAGAAAGUAUCAAAACUUAAUCAGGAGGAAAUAGCCACAUUAAAAGGAAAUCUUGAAGAGGAAAAGACCAAACAUAAAGAAACAUUACAGCAUCUAGAAACAGCCAAAAGCAACUUGGAAGAAGAAAAGUCCAAACAUGAAGCUACAAAGAACAGUCUCGUAGAAUCCAAAAAGAGCCUGUCUGAAUCUCAGCAAGCUACUAAACAAAGUCAGAAUGAGGCUACACAGUUACGCAAUAAACUACGGCAUCAGCCGUCGUCUCCUUCACCAGACAUUGUGGAAAUGCGAAAUGGCAGCCGAGAAAGGCGUAGCACGCCAGAGAAACGUACCAUCCCUCAUACUAGAUAUUCAUUUCAUAUAGGAGAUACGCCUUCCAAACUGCCCAUGAGUAAGCGUCAAGCCAACGAGUUCCUGGCAUUGAAGGAAGAAUGUGCAAGCCUACGGAAACGAAUACAGGCUAUAGAAGGUGAAAUGAAAAUGUCAAGGAAGGAGAAUCUUCAAUUGUCUGCAGAAUAUAACAAACUGCAAGAAUCGUACAAACAACUUGAGGAGGUAAAGGACCGGUUAGCGGAUAAAGAGUCAACAUGGAUGUCGAACCUGACGGACUCUCAGAAGGAGACUGAGAAUACUCUCCAGGAGGUGAGACUUGGCGACUCUGACUCACUCUAUUAUAAUCAGCAGUUACAGGAAGCUAAAGAAGAGAUAAAGAAAUUGAAGAAGAAAUGUGAAGACUGUGAUCAAGAAAUACUUCGUCUCAAGACUGAACUGAAACGUAUGUCAGGAGACUAUGGUCGUAUAGCAGGCAGAAGUAAAAUUAUUUCGUUCGUGUCAUGUAUACCUCUAUUGAUGCUGUUAUUUGCUAUUCUGCUGGCAUUAUACCCUUCACUAGAGACUUUGACUGCCUCCCAAACGUAAUGAUUGCUGCACCGUAGCAUCGUAUAAAUGUCCCUCCAAUUGUGUGUUCGUCAACAAUCUACAUGUGAUGUCAAAUGUUGCACGAUAAUUUCGUCAAUACAGUAGUUACAGAUGAAGGCUGCUGUAUCUACAGUGUGUAAAAGUGAAGAUAACACACUGUACAGUUUGUUGAGGAUGUAUGAAGAUACUGCCAGAUACAAAGAAAUGAAUAAGUGGAUAGAGACUUUCGUACAUGCAUGUGUAAAUAGUCAGCUGGCAGGUCUAUACACUUGAUAGAAGUAACAGCAGUAUGCUGCUUGCAUAUAUCUUGUUUCGUGCAUAUAAGCACAGUGCCAAGUGAAUUCUGGAAUACUUUGAAAUGCUUGUAUCCAUGUGUUGAAUGGAUAUUAAUUCUGGCCAAAUGUUUAUAUGUAAAGCAGUUGAUUUAUUUGACUUUAUUCUAAGUUUAUUCCAAAUAUAAUCUACAUACAAUCAUGUCCGUUAUUCUAAUCAAAGCCAGGUCUAGAAACACUUCAUACUUUUAAGGAGUAGGUAUUAUAGAGUUCUAGAAGUUUUAUACUUUACCUGUAAUCAGUAAUCAAGUAACUUCCAAAGUCCCCAUCCCCACCCCCAGCAUCCAUUCUAGGGCAAUACUGCUAGAAUCAGUACCAGCAUUGAACACUGGAAUAUCAAACCCACAAUGAGAAAACCAGCAUAGUGCAUAUGCGACAAGCAUUGAUCCAGACUAGCCUGCGCAUCCACUCAGUCUGGUCAGGAUCCAUGCUGUUUGCUUUCAAACCCUAUUGUAAUUAGAGACACCAUUAGCGAACAGCAUGGAUCCUGACCAGACUGCGCGGAGGCGCAGGCUGGUCUGGAUCCAUGCUGGUUGCAAAUGCAUUAUGUUGGUUCUCUCAUGGCGUGGCUCAUUUUUUCCACAGUGACUUUCACUUCAAGCAUUGGCUUACUUAUUUCAAAAACAUCUUUUAUAAAGAAUGUAUGUGCUACAGGGUAAUUACUUUUUUCUUCCAUAUAAUAAUUUCUAGAAUCUGAUGUGUCAUAUGAUAAUCAAACUGAUGAAUUUUUCUGCUUUACUUUGUGCUAAAAAAGCUUUAAAACUUUGUUGUAUUUUCUGUGUGCCAAAAUAUUUCCCAGAGGAGUCAGUUUGAAAUUAGUUUUUCCAAAGUGCUACUUUUUCUAUUAGAUUAUAUAUUUUCUGAAGUACAAAAUUUUGAUUUAAGGUAAAGGACCUACAUGACAAACAGAUACGUAUUCUGUGAUUUUGGCAUUUCCUGACUGGUACAAAAAGCCAUGUGCUUGAAUGAGCAGGAAUACUGAGAUUAUAUCCCCACAUGCAAAUUGCCGAGUGUUAUAACAAGUCUGCUACCUUAAAAGUUAUUUGAGCCGUGCCAUGAAAAAACCAACAUAGUGGCUUUGCGACCAGCAUGGAUCCAGACCAGCCUGCGCAUCUGAGCAGUCUGGUCAGGCUCCAUGCUGUUCGCUUUUAAAGCCUAUUGGAAUUGGAGAAACU